GCUCUCAGGUAGACAUCACAUCGUGACAAUAUGAGAGCCGACCUUACUUUAUUAAUUCAUUUAUUCUAUAUAUGUACACAGUUUUAUCAAGUGCAAUCGUUAAACAUACUGGGAGUGUUUCCAUAUCAAGGCAAAAGUCAUUUUUUUGUCUUUCAACCUUAUCUUGAGGAGUUAGCAUCAAGAGGACACAAUGUGACAGUUAUAUCAUGCUUUCCAAGAGAAAAGUCGAUGAAGAAUUAUCAUGACAUUAGUCUGGCAGACAAGGUACAAAUCUUAGAAGAUGCGUUUCCGUUGAAACGAUCGUACUACACAAUUUUUCAAAUAAGCGUAUUUCUUCUAUCGACCGGUACGUCAAAUUGCAAGACAUUGCUAUCCGAUGAAAAUGUUCGAAAUCUUGUUAAGUCGAAAGCCAAAUUCGAUCUUGUAUUAAUCGAACAAUUUAACACUGACUGUGGACUUGGAUUGGCUUAUAAAUUAGGUGCUCCUGUAGUAGGACUCUCAUCCCACCAAUUGAUGCCAUGGUAUUACAAUAGAUUCGGUGUUCCCUACAAUCCGUCAUUCGUAUCAUUCCUACUUCUUGAAGGAGGAACUAAGCCUACGCUUUAUCAAAGAGUUGAAAGAACGAUAUUUGAUGCAUAUUUUAAUAUUGCAUAUAAAUUUUUCGGUCAAAGAGUCGACCAGAACACUCUAGCGCAAUAUUUUGAUGAUAUUCCUCCACUGGAAGAAUUGGGUCGUAAUAUGAAAUUCCUACUUCUAUACACUAACUUUCUUCUAACCGGCUCGAAUUUGUUACCUUCUAAUGUGAUCGAGGUUGGAGGAUUUCAUGUAGCAAAACCUAAACCCUUACCCGAUGAACUAAGAAAAUUCAUUGAAGAAUCCGAACACGGGGUUAUUUACAUCAGUUUUGGAUCAAUGUUGAAAGCCACUACAACACCAAAAGAUAAAAUUGAAGCGAUAACUGCCGCCUUAAGUGAACUCCCUCAAAGAAUUAUUUGGAAAUGGGAAGAGAAAACUCUUCCUGGCAAUCCUAAAAAUAUAUUCUUAUCCAAAUGGUUACCUCAAAAUGAUAUUCUUGCACAUCCAAAAGUUUUGGCUUUCUAUUCUCACUGUGGCUUAUUAGGAACAACAGAAGCCAUAUACCAUGGUGUUCCAAUGGUAGCAAUGCCUAUAUUUGGUGAUCAACCAUCAAACGCAGCUGCUGUUGAAGAAAGCGGUCUAGGAGUUCAGAUACAAUUAAAUGAACUGUCAAAAGCAAAACUUUUAGAGAAAUUUAGGACUGUCUUAGAGCCUAAAUUCAAUCAGCGAGUCAAGAAGUUAUCAGAAGCCUGGCAUGAUCGUCCGAUUUCAGCCAUGGACAGCGCGGUAUAUUGGGCGGAAUUUGCAGCUCAACACCACAAUUUUACUUUUAGGACUCCUGCCGCAGAUGUUCCAUUUUAUCAAUACUUAUGCUUAGACAUACUAUCUGUUUUAAUUGUUUUAUUUUUAAUAUUUAUCGGCGUUUCAAAGACUUUGCUAUCAUGGAUUUUUAGUAGUAAAUCUAGUUUACAAGAAACUAAAAAAUCAAAAAGACAAUGAUAUUCUAAAUUAUUUUAGAGAUUGAAAAUUAUUGUGUAAAUCAAUUUUAGUAUUUAUUUUUAAAUUAUUUUAUUUGCA